AUGGCUAUGAGUUCCAUCUCGGAGGAGGACUUGUCCUGCUCUUUGUGCGGCGAAAUCUUCAAGGAUCCCGUUAUUCUGACGUGUGGUCACAGCAUCUGUAACAGCUGUCUGGAGGCAUUCUGGCAAACGAAAAAAUCCAAAGAAUGUCCAGUUUGCAAAAGGAAAUCUUCAAGACGAGUGCACCCAUCUAAUCUUCAUUUGAGGAACCUGUGUGAGACGUUUGUAAAGGACGGGAGACAGAGAGGACUACUCUGCUCUCUCCAUCACUCAAAACUCAAGCUCUACUGUGAAGAUGACCAACAGCCUGUGUGCUUGGUGUGUCAAACCUCGAAAAUCCAUAAAAAACACAACUUCAGUCCCAUUGAUGAGGCAGCACAAGAGCGUAAGGAGACCCUGAAGACCACUCUGAAGCACUUACAAGACAAACUGAAGAGAUUUACAGAUGUGAAACUCACCUGUGAUGAAACGGCACAACACAUGAAGGUCCAGGCUCAACAGACAGAGAAGCAGAUCAAGCAGGAGUUUCAGGAACUUCAUCAGUUUCUACGAGAUGAAGAGGCAGCCAGGAUAGCUGCACUGAGGGAGGAAGAGGAGCAGAAGAGUCAGAUGAUGAAGGAGAAGAUUGAGAAGAUGAGUGAGGAGAUCUCAUCUCUUUCAGAUGCAGUCAAAGCCAUUGAGAAGGAUCUGAGAGCUGACAAUGUCACAUUCCUGCAGAACUACAAGGCCACGGUGGAAAGAGCACAGUGCACACUGCAGGAUCCAGAAAAGGUUUCAGGAGCUCUGAUCAAUGUGGCAACGCACCUGGGUAACCUGAGGUUCAGAGUCUGGGAGAAGAUGAAGGACUUGGUUCAAUAUUUUCCUGUGAUACUGGACCCCAACACAGCGUUCCCAUACGUCAUUGUGUCCGAGGACCUGACCAGUCUGACAUACAGCCGUAGAAGACAGCAGCUUCCUGAUAACCCAGAGAGAAUUGACUAUUGGGAGUGUGUACUGGGCUGUGAGGGCUUUGUCUCAGGUACACACUGCUGGGACAUGGACGUUCGUGACAGCGUCAAGUGGUGUCUAGGACUGAAAACGGAGAGCGCCAGAAGGAGUAGAUGGAGUUCGCUCUGGUCGGGAUUCUGGUUCAUUAUUAAUCGGUAUGGUAAAUACGAGGCUACCCAUCCAGGCAUACGAGGCUUCAUACCCCUCAAAGUGGAGCCCAAGCCACAGAGGAUCAGAGUGCAGCUGGACUGGGACAGAGGAGAGCUGUCUUUCACCGACCCCGAUAACAACACGCACCUGCAUGCUUUCACACUCACUUUCACUGAGAGAAUGUUUCCAUGCUUUUGGAUUCUUGACCGUUCUGUGAAGAUUUUGCCAGUGAAGCCUGAAAUAGGCCUAAUGGUGGAAUCAUCACCCUGA